UGCUCCUUUCGACCUUCUCCACUUUCUUUUCCUUCUCUUUCCCUCUUUGCCAACCUCCCUCCUGCCAUCCCUCCAUGUCUAUCUUGGACGUGGACAUGCACAAAGCUUCAGGGUGUGAAGGCAGCGGCAUGGACAUGAUGUCGAUGAUGAUGCAAAUGGAGAAGUUUCCAGCUGAUCAGUUCUGUGAUCCUUUCUUUAACAAUCCCACCGAUUACCCUGAAGCUGAUGAGUCCGGUAAUAUUGCUGCCACUACUCUCCCUUCAAUCCUCAACCCUAACGAGGCUCCUGAUUUCAUCAACACUCCAAUUAUUCAACAACCCAUGGCACCGUCAUCAUUUCUUCAACCUCAAUCCGACGGUGUUCCUCCGACGAGGCUCAGAAAUAAAUAUAGUACCAACACACCAUGUACUUUCCCCUGCGCUUCAGACAAGAGGAAUUCAAUGGCGGCCAUGAGGGAAAUGAUAUUCAGGAUAGCGGUGAUGCAGCCCAUUCAUAUAGACCCAGAAUCAGUGAAGCCACCGAAGCGGAGGAAUGUGAAGAUUUCGAAGGACCCUCAGAGCGUGGCGGCGAGGCACAGAAGGGAAAGGAUAAGCGAGAGGAUCAGAAUUCUGCAGAGAUUAGUUCCCGGCGGGACGAAAAUGGACACGGCUUCUAUGCUGGACGAAGCAAUACAUUACGUGAAGUUCUUAAAGAAACAAGUGCAAACUCUGGAACAAGUAGGGGCUAGUAGGCCCAUUGGUGUUCCUUUUUCUGGCGCCUCAAGUACUGUCAAUGUCAAUUAUCCUGAUUUCAUCAAGGGACGUCAUCCAGCUUCUCCAAUGGUGGGUUCUAUGGAAAUGCUGAGUUGAAUUGAACAGUAGAAUAAAAUUUUGAUUCUCAUAAAUAUGAUGAACGAUCACUUGUACAAGUGUUGCAUGAAACAUCA